AACCGCCCCAGGCAUUCUGGCCAUUUACACAACGUUUCAGGUUUUUCCUUUCUCCUCCAUGCGCUUAAGAGAAAAAGUCCCUUCCUCGUGCAAAAUAAUAAUGUUUUCCAGAACCAAUGACAGAUUCUCCAUCCGCAGCUUAAGUAUCAUCCCCUGAAGCGAAAAACUUAACUCACUCAUUCUCCCAUAGUCUUCUGCAUUUAAAUCACCAUAGUGAAAAUAAACUGGACAAAUAAUGCAUUGCAAAAUUCAAGAUCAAUUUUCAGCAGUAUGCAGAGAAGAAUGAGCUAAAUUUUCAGAACUCUAGGAGGGAAAAGAGUGCUCCUAAUAGCGCCCUGUGCUGAUAGGGGCUAAUACGGUUCCUCUUAAAUUAAGGUCUUACAAGGUCCACCUCCACACUAGCUAUGGCCGACUCUACUACAGUUGACUCCAUUUCAGAUUCAUUGGUUGCAGCAGAAUCUGUGAAGCUUCAGGCCUAUGCUUUAAUAGGGCACUGUAAGGAGCCUUGGCUCUUAGUCCCAACAAUCCAAUAAUUAGUGCAGUCUUAUUUGUCCACCUCCCUGCAGGUUUCUUACUGCUUCUGUGAAUGCUGAGAGUUUACAAGAUUUCCAAGGCAAAAAAAUCGAUUAUAUGUCGAUCUCACAUUGUUGGGUGUAACUGAGAUAGAAAGCAGACAAUCAAAGAUCGCUCCCCAGUUACAGGAGUUUUAUGCAUACCAGGAGCGAGUUGGAAUCCAGAGCGGACUGGAAAGUGUAAUUCAACUCCUUGAUUUGAAUGCACAGGAUGCAUUACCGAUUGUUGUGGUUGUGUACGGUCUUGGGGGAAUUGGGAAAACGACACUUGCUGAUGCUGUUUAUGCACAGAUUGACCUCAAAACUUAUAAACAUUGUAGAAUUCAUAUGGAUCAAAAUUGUACGAAGAAAGAUCUUAAAGCCCUUCAACAACAGAUUUUGUAUGGACUGUUUCAACAGAAUGUGGAAUUGACAGACUGUGACAAAGGUUGAGGAAUGAUCUGGUCGCUUUGCAAAAAGCAUCCUAAUCAGGCUUUAUUUCUUUACAUUGACAACGGUCUUAAAAAUACAGAUCUCAAGCAACUUCUACCUGAAGACUUGGGCAGUUGCCUUCCACCCAGAAGCAGAAUGCUUGUUACGACUAGAAACCUUCACGAGACAGACACAUUCAAUGCCAGGAAUAUUCAACGCCAACAAUAUCGUGUGAGUUCUCUUCCACAGACACAUGCCAGAAAGAUUUUGUUGAAGAAAGCUACCGAAUAUAAUGAUGAAAAGAAUAUUCAUGACCUCCUUGAGCUGUGUGGUGGUGUUCCGCUUCUGUUGGAAAUAGCUGGUUCGCAACUGGCCAUAAGUAGCAGAAAUACAAUUAAUAUAGUAUUAGAGUUGCUUAGAGAAGUGGAGAAGGUGGAAGAGGAAGAUAUCAGUGACCGUAUGAUUGAUUUUGUUUACCACAGAUUAUUACCACCUGUGAAAGAGGCUUUUCUGGAUAUCACAUCCUUCUUUCAUGAUUGGCCAAGUCAAAAAGUGGCCUACAUAGUUGGAGAGGAGGAAUUCAGAGCUCUAGAAGAAGCUUCUUUCAUCAAGAAAUCUCAAAUGGGUACAGUAAUUGUUCAUGACAUAGUUCGAGCAAGAGGAAAAAAGAUGUCAGAGCAAAACAGGAUCAGAGAUCCCGAAACUUUAUUAAAAUGUUUGAAAGAUGAAGAGAAACUCAAAAAUUUAAAAGGCAUCCUUCUAUAUGAAGAGUAUGAGCAGCCUCCAAUCGAAAUCAAUGAAAACCAUCUAAAUUGCAUGAGCAAUUCCGUAAGAGUGCUAUCUUAUGAAGGAUCCCAAAUAAUAUUUAGGGGGAAAUGUAACAAAUCAUUUAAACAACUCAGAAACCUUGGAAUUCCUAGUAAUGUUGCCAAUUUACCAAUGGAGUUUGAGAAACUUGGGCGACCUGCUAGGUACAGAGGCCCAUUUACGCAAGGCAUGAGUUUGCAUGAGGUAAGAUCUGUGUCUUCAGUUCAUAUUUGUCAGUCAAUUAGCUUUUAUCAGAAUGUAUAAUAUUAAUUAAUCCUUGUUCAAAUUUUUUUGUGCAAAUAUGCAGCUUCCUCCAAGCCUGCUCGCUUUGCACUUUACAGGUUCUUCUAAGAAUGCAGUUGAAAAUUCAAAACUUCCCCCUGAGGUCACUUCAUCUUCUUCGGUUGUAAAAUUAGGCUUUUCUGAUUUGAAAAAUAUGCAAAGACUACCAGAUGGAUUGGAAAAGCUAUCAAAGUUAGAGGAAUUGUAUUUAAUUGAUUGCCAUCAGUUGAGAGAACUUCCUUCCAAAUUGGGGGAUCUCAGCAAUCUAAAAAGGUUGUGGCUGGAUCAGUGCCAUGAAUUGAAAGAGUUGCCUUCAGACUUUGGGCAACUUAGCAAUUUGACAUCAUUAUAUUUAAGUGGCUGCUCUUCAUUAUGUGUAUUGCCUUCCAGCUUUGCACAUCUAAUUUCCCUAAAACAGUUGUUUUUAGAUUAUUGUACAAGCUUGAAAAAGUUGCCUUCAAACUUUGGGCAACUCAAAAAUUUGGAAGAGUUAGAUUUGAGCCACUGUUCUGGGUUAGGAGAAUGGCCAUUAAGCUUCCGAGGCCUCACAAA